UAUUUUUCAUCAUUGCAGAGCUUUUCGGUGAUUCGAUCUGUUCCAUAAAAUUCCUUGUGUACACACACAACCUCAAUGGGGUAUGAGUUCGGUUUUCGCUAGAAAAUUUUAUCGCUAUGGAUUGCCAUUCCUGGUGCUAAUGGUCGGUGGUUCAUUCGGUUUGAAGCAGUUCACCUCGAUCAGGUACCAAUUUCGCAAGCAGCAGGCCGUAUCGAAAGAAGAGUUAGCUGCUGCUGGCAUACAAGUGAAAGACAACGUCACAUUGGAAUCGGAAUACGAUAAGAUAAAAAAGAGUCGGAAUUGGAUUUCCACGAGCUCGAAAAUAUUCGAGUAUGAGACGCCAUACUGCCGUGAAGAUCAACGGAAAAUACUUCAAGUAAUAAACGCUGCAGAGGCUGAAGGCUUGGCCCAGUACAACAUCAGCAAAAAUCGCAUCGGUGGCAUUCUGCGUCAUAGAACGAGGAAAGGACCGUUCAACGAAGUUGAACAACUUCUCGAAGUAGAUGGCUUUGGUGUUAAGAUUCUAGAGAAGUUCUGUGAAAGUGUGCUUGGUACGCGAGCAACCUCAGCGAAGCCUUCAACUGGCUCUCUGUACUGUUCCCCGAAGCCGUCUCCUUCAUUGCUAGAGGAUUUGCGAGACUUCACAGCAUUGCAAGUUACUCCGAGAAAACUGAGCUGGGCACGGAUGACGAGAAAUCGGCAACUUAUAGAGUUGAGAUCAGUUGCAGUGAAUCCGACUGAGACUAAGCGGUACGAUGUCGUUCAUGUGAUGGAUAUGGUCCUGCCGCUAGUGAAAGAAAUCCCCAUUUCUGACGCGUAUGUGAUAGAAGAUUCCAUCGCUUCCGGCGGAAACGCAAUUCAACCCGCGUUCUUCGGAGUCCAUCUGCAACUAGCCCGGAUACAAGCAGCAUUAGUUGCGUUGUUGGAGUCGCGUGACGUAAAUCUCCAGGGAGAAAAUCGACGUGUGUUCGCAAUGAAACCGGCUCAUGUGUCGAAGCUGUUCGGGGUAAGAGUGGGAGGCGAGCGGGUUUCCGGGCAGAAGCUAGUGACCUCUAUAAUGGAGAAAGAAUCCGACGUACCCUGGUUUUCCGAGUUGUCCAGUGUCGAAGAGUCGUGUCGUAGUGAUUAUGAAGCCAGUUCUCCGGUCGACAAGGAGAUGAUGAGCAACGCGCUGUUGUUGUCGUUGGCCUUUCAAAAUCUUGUCGUCGAACGGAAUCCGGAGUGUUUUAUGCUCUUGAGACACUGAAGUUGUGUUGUGUCGGUAGGGUUGGAAGUUCGCUGAGAAGGCUGAUCGUCGAAUAUACAGCAAUCCUGCUUCUCUUGUGCUUGAACAUACAUUUUCUUCAGGGAAACAUCCCAUCGAGACUCUAACUGCGUUAUGAUACAGUGUUACCCCAGAUUUUGGACGCCUCGCAUGAUACAUUUUUGGCCAAAUGGACUUCGGCUACAACGAAUUUUUACUUGGGGUCGGGACUGGAACUUAGUACAGUAUAUCAGACUGCGUGAGAUAUUUCGGUUGAGAAAAUCGAAGUUGCUGGUCGAAAUUUGUCUGCCAAAAGCAUUAUUUAAUUUGUUAUACAGUAUUGAUAUUUUUCAUUCUCUGUGGCAUCCUUAUUUCCUUUUUACUGACACUUUUUCGUGAAAUGUUUCUUAGAAAUCGGUUCACGCUUCUUUUAAAUAUUGUUUAUGAACAGUCUUUCAAAAAUAUUUGGAAUGGUUUAUUCAUUUCUGAAUGCUUCAUAUUCCUCGGAUAAAGGAUAUUCAUUUUCUAUGUAAAAUAUCAACGUGAGGGCCGUGCGCACGUAUUUUUCUUAGAAGUUAAGUCAGAAUGAGUUGAGUGCAUGUGGUGGUACAAA